AUGAAGCCCCUGCUUUCAAAAGCAGGCCUUUCCGCCGGCAGGGUAACUAUGCCUCUGCGGCCUGCGCUGCAGUCCUUACUGCAACCUCGCAAUGGCGUCCGCUUCGCCUCCACGCGCCGCGAUGCUCGCCCCUCGCGCAUGGUUCUGUCCGACAACGUCGGCCGGUCCCCCACCUCCGGCAAUGACGCCCGACGCAAGCGCCAGGCACCGGGACCCUUUGGCGCCAUGAACAAGCGAGUUGCCAACAUUGAUCCCAGACGACAGCCCCGCACGCCGGCCGACAAUAACAGCGGCCGCCGCCAGAUCGUCGACGACCGAAAGGCCCUCAAGAUGCAGCGCGCGCUCGCCCCUGUCUCGUGGGAGGCACGGACGGAAAACAAGGGGCGCAUGAAGGAUAUCGAAUCUUUUACCCAAUUUGGCUUGUUGCCCGCUGUGCAAAAGGCCGUCGACGAGGAGCUCUUCAAGGGCAUGACAGACAUUCGCCCUACGCCCGUCCAGCGCCUGGGCAUUCCCGCCAUUAUGGCGCGCGAUAAGCAACAACCCAACCCAACGGGGUACUCACGCAUCAACGAGCUGGGCAAGGUACCCGAGACGAGCAUAGGGUACAGAAUAGUACCCUCGAUUCUGCUCGCUGCCGAGACAGGAUCGGGCAAGACGCUGGCGUACCUACUGCCCGCCAUCAACGCCAUCAAGAUGGACGAGGCCAAAGACCCGGACAUUGUCAACUGGAACCAACGCCAUGCGGCCGAGAAGAAGCUUCAAGAGGAAAGUGGCGGAAAGUUGAAGCCUUUUGACGAACCCCAUCCCACCAUGGCCCGGCCCAAAGUCAUCAUACUGGUCCCCACUGCCGAGCUCUGCCAACAAGUUCUACGCGUCUCAAAGACCAUUUCCCAUACCGUCAAGUUCAAAACGGAGAUGCUCUCCUCUGAUCUCAAGCCCCAACAAAUUCAGCGCAACGUGUACUCGCCCAUGGGUGUCGACAUCCUCAUCGCCACACCCCACUUACUCCGCGCCAUGACCGACGCCGAUCCCAACAUUCUCUCCCGUGUCACUCAUCUCAUCGUCGACGAGGCCGACUCUCUCUUUGACCGAAGCUUUGCUCCCGUCACCAUGAGCAUUGUCGAUCGGGCCAACCCAUCCCUGAAGCAGUUCAUCUGCUGCUCGGCCACCAUUCCCAGGAAGCUUGACAACUAUCUCCACAUCAACUAUCCCCACAUGGUUCGCAUCGUGACGCCCAACCUGCACGCCAUUCCUCGCCGCGUGCAGCUCGGUGUCAUUGACGUCUCCCGUGAUCCGUACCGAAACAACAAGGACCUCGCCUGCGCUGAUACUAUCUUUACUAUUAGCCGUGAGGCCACCCAUCACGACGGCACGAACAAGGAUGAGGUCGACGUGCGCCGCAUCAUCGUUUUUGUCAACGAGCGCGAAAAGACGGAGGAGCUGGCCGAUUACCUGCGUUCCAAGGGCAUCGACGCCGAGGCCCUGCACCGUGACACACCCGAGAAGCGGCACGGUGAGGUUCUGAAUCUCUUUACCCAGCCCGGCCCUCUCCGCGUCGCCCGGCCUGACCCCGCCGUGCCUCGCGGCUGGCUCUCUUGCUCCAAGGUCCUCGUUGUUACGGACUUGGCCUCUCGGGGCAUCGAUACUGUCGCUACGCGUCACGUUAUUCUCUAUGACGUGCCGCAUACCACUAUUGACUUUAUCCACCGUUUGGGUCGUGCUGGCCGCAUGAACCGUCGUGGACGCGGCAUUGUUCUUGUAGGCAACAAUGAUCGUCGUGACAUCGUUGCCGAAGUCAGGAGAAGCAUGUUCCAGGGCCAGACGCUGAUAUGA